UCUUUUCCCUGAAAGCAAAAAUUCCGUUUAAAAGAUUAAACUGCCAGCACAUAAAACAUGGAAUUAGUAGAAUAUUUAGACAAAUAGCCAACACGCAAUUGAAAUUACGUAGUGAUUGAAAAAGAUAAGUUAAACAAGGACCAUUUGAUGACCUAUAAACCAUGAACUGGUCCUGCCUAUCUACAAACACCCUUCUAACAUCUCUAGCCACAACUUGCCUCCUCCUCCGCCGGGCCGCAGCAGACAUUGGCUGCACCACCGCCGCUGCCUUUUUGUUUCCUAAAAUGUCUCUUAGGGCAAGGCAAACCUCCUCCAAGCAAACAUCCGUGUCCGAUAUUGCUCCCACCGCCACCACGGAUAGUUUAACCUCUAACGAUGAAAAGUCUUCUGAAACCCCAAAAUCCCAACCACUACCACCCUCCCUCGCACAACGUGCUCUCUCCCAAGGCCUAACUGGUACCGCCCACUUGGCGAACCUCCUCCCGACCGGCUCCCUCCUGGCCUUCCAGCUCCUCACUCCAAUCUUCACCAAAAACGGCUUUUGCGACUCUGCCACCCGGCCCCUCACCCUCCUCCUCCUCCUCCUUCUGGCCACCUCCUGCUUCCUCGCCUGCUUCACCGACAGCUUUAGAGCCUCGGAUGGACAAGUCUACCACGGCUUCGCAACGCCCAAAGGGAUGUGGGUUUUCGACCCGCAGGCAGCCUCCAAUGCCUCGUCGGGUUCGGGGAUUCCUGACCUGAGCAAAUACAGGCUGGGCUUCAUUGAUGUUGUUCAUGCAGUUCUGUCAGUUCUUGUGUUUGUUGCUGUGGCUCUGAGGGAUAAGAAUGUGCGGAGUUGCUUUUACCCAAGGCCUGGCCAUGAGGCUCGGGAGGUUCUGGACAUAGUUCCUAUUGGGAUUGGGGUUAUUUGCAGCUUGUUGUUUGUCGUCUUUCCUACCAGAAGGCAUGGUAUUGGUUACCCUGUUACACCAGGCAAAUAAUUCCUGUGUUUGUUUCCCCCUGUUUUUUUUUUUGUUUUUGUUUUUGUUGUGAAUUUAUUGAUAGAAUAAGUUAUUGUACAACAACGUGAGAUUUUAUUCAACAUGUUUCGAGGACACGUUUCAUCUCAA